AUGAUAUACUUAAUAUUAGGGGUCAUUUUUUCACUUGCAAUAGGCUGUUUCAUAAGUGCGAAACCAUUAAAGUAGAAGAUCAAAUCCAAGAUAAGAAAGGAGAAACCAGAAGGAAAAGAGAGUGAAUCUCUCGAGCAUUCCUAUGCUGAAUCUAAAAGCAGUGGAUUACUAUUUUGCAAUGUUUGCAAAAAGCUUCUCUUUAGUCUAUGGGGAACACAAUACCAUGAAUGUCUAAUAUGCGGAAUAUAUGUUCAUAAAAAAUGCAGAAGAAAUCAAAUACAAUGCAAAAUUAUAAAAUCCUCAUAGAAUGAGCUUGGUCAUCAAUGGCUAAGCGGAAAUCUCCCUGUGAAUUCAAUAUGUUGCCAUUGUGGAUUAACAUGUGGAUAUUUCUUUGAUUUGGAAGGCAAAAGUUGUCUUUGGUGUUAAAAGGUCGUCCAUGAAGAAUGCAAAGACAAAGUAAACUAGUAAUGUGACUUUGGGGAAUUCAAAGAUGCAAUCAUUUUACCAAAUGGAAACUUUACUAAACCAAUAAUUGUUGUUAUUAACUAGAAGUCUGGAGGAUAAGUCGGAGUAGACUUUUAUAAAUCUUUUCUUAGAUUUUUGAACCCUAUUCAAGUGUUAAAUAUCUAGGAAAUGGAUAAACUUAAGAAUUUCGCACAUAUAAAGACAGCCAAAUUGAUCACUGCAGGAGGAGAUGGUACAGUUGCCAGUGUGAUAAAUCAUAUCAAGGAAUUUGAUUGGAAUCCUCCUAUUGCCAUUCUUCCAUUAGGAACAGGAAAUGAUUUGAGCAGAGCAUUGGGAUGGGGUGGAACAUACGAAUAGCUGGAUGCAUCUCAUGUGUUAUCAAAAAUAAUGAAUAAUGAGAAUGUUACGUUACUGGAUAGAUGGAAUGUAAAGAUAGGGAAUAAGAAUUAUAAGUUAUUUAAUUAUUUUGGAAUUGGAUUAGAUGCAAAGUUUUGCUAUGAUUUUCAUAAUCUGAGAUAGACAUCGCCUUAAUUGUUUAAAAGCAGAUUGGGAAAUAAGCUAAUUUAUACAUAGAUGGGUUUGAAUGAUUUGAUUAAGAAUGAAAAGAGUGGUUUGGGAAAGAGAAUAAAAGUCAUUUGUGAUGAUUAGGUGGUAGAUAUUCCUGAUUAGGUUGAAAAUGUUAUCAUUUUAAACAUCAACUCUUGGAGUGGAGGGGUUACUGGAUUAUGGGAUUAAGAUGGGGAUUUUAAACAAUAAAAAAUGAAUGAUGGACUAUUAGAGAUAAUUGGAGUUACAAGUAUUCUACAUUUGGGUCGAAUUCAAGUUGGAUUGGAUAAACCAUAUCAACUUGGCUAAGGUAGAAAGAUUUAGAUUAUAUACCCUUCAAAUUCUUAUGUCUAGAUUGAUGGUGAACCACUCUCAAUUGGACCAUCUAUUAUUGAUAUCUCUUUAGUUGAUAAGGUACAAGUUCUGACCAAUUACGAAUUGACUUGGGAGAAUAGGUUCCUGAAGACUAUGGAUUGGGCUGAAGAACAGAAUCACAUCACCAAACAAGCAAAAAACGAAAUUGUGAAUCGUAUGUUACAUUAUUAUUAAUGA